AUGCGGUCUCAGAAUAAGGCGGACCUUAGCCCGGAAUCACGUUGGCUAAGCGGACCCGCAUUUUUGAGGAAGCCAGCGAGCUGCUGGCCGGCGCCUGAGGAGGGAACUAAGCGUGUUCCAGAUGCAACUGAUGAGAUGCCCAGUGAGUUUGCAUUGAUGGCCGCCAAUGAAUUUGUCAUUCCGUUCCAGAAAUUCUCGAGCUUCAGUCGUCUGGUGGGUUCCACAGCCUGGGUCUUGAGGUUUGCGCGUUGGUGUCGCAAGCAGAGAAGCGAGCUUGAGGAGUAUGGACUCACUGCGACGGAGUGUGAGGCUGCGGAGACCCUGUUAGUCAGACAGGCCCAAUUGGAAUCUUUUCCCGACGAGAUGAGGUCGGCGGAAUGCGAAAAAAACGUCGCGAGCUCGAGUGAGAUUCGAGGUCUGGCGUCUUACAUGGAUGAACACGGAGUUCUGCGAGUUUAUGGCAGAGUUGAUGCCGCACUGUGCAUGCCCUACAGUGCGAGGAGGCCCGUAAUACUGUCACACAGGCACAGUCGUACGGAAUUAAUCGUGAGGCACUUUCACGCCCAGAUGAAGCAUCAAAUCGUGGUUGCGACGAUUGCUCAGAUAAGGACGAGAUUCUGGGUCACGAAGAUGAGACCAGUGAUGAAGGAAGUAAGCUCGUCGUGCAACGAGUGCAAGUUGCAACGAACGCGGCCGAUGUCGUCGAUAAUGGGACCCCUUCCAGAGGAUCGACUGGAAGCGGGGAGAUGGCCAUUCAAGUACACCAGAUUGGAUUACUUUGGGCCACUGCUGGUGACUGUAUACCGCCACAAAGAGAAGCGUUGGGUUGCCUUGUUCACGUGCUUGACGACAAGGGCGAUUCAUCUGGAGCUGGCGCAUGACCUGUCGACGGGUUCCUGCAUAAUAGCGAUCAGGAACUUCGUCUGCCGUAGAGGUCCAAUAUUAAGACUGCGGAGUGAUAACGGCAAGAACUUCGUGGGAGCUGACAGGGAGGCCAGGCGAUUUGGAGACGUGCUCGAGAUGGAGAGCUUACAGAGUAAGUUGUCCAGCAGAAGCAUUGAAUGGGUCUUCAAUUGCCCAUCGAACCCGUCUGAGGGUGGAGUAUGGACCCUGAAUACCCUGAAGGAACUCGCGCCGAGGGAUCAUGUGUUGGACAGUGUUCCUGAUCGAGGCGGAGAAUGUGGUCAAGGGAGCAGCUAACCUGCCGAAUACGCCUGGAUUGGAUGCGGAGCUGCCCAAGGAGGGUUCUACGCGAAAGCAGUGGAGGAUUGCUCGCAUGCUGCGAGACCGUUUCUGGAGGAGGUGGGUCCUGGAGUACCUGCCUACGCUUGUGCGACGCGAGAAGUGAUGCCGGAGGACGGAGCCCAUCCGCCAGGGCGAUAUGGUCUUCGUCUGCGAUCCUGCCUUGCCCAGACGAAAGAGGCGCAAGGGCAUCGUGGAGGAGGUUUAAGGCAACUCCAUAUGAAGCAAAACAAUACCCUUGCAGAUUGUAUAAUGAUUUCAGUCAGAAGUUUGCAACGCAGUGAAGAGACGUUUCCGACCCCAUAAUGUAUAUAUAUUCUUGAUCAGCGUCACUAGACGAGUCGAUAUAGCAUUCUAAGCUUGGAUAUAACAUUUUUAAUUUAGUUCUGGAUUUCGAAUUAAAUUUUUCAAAAUCGGACGACUGAAUUAUAUAGCUCCCAUAGGAACAAUCUGAAAAUUAGUGCCAGAAGAUUCUGAGAAUACAACUUAUCGGCGCGGCAAAUGCCGCUUGAAUGAACCGAGACGCGCAGCGUCAGUGCGCGGGCUUCCAUAUAACUGCAAACUUUUCUACGCGCUUAAGACAGCGAAGAGCUGCGCCGUACCGCACCGCCCCAGUGCGCGGAGAACUUAAAGCUUUCAUUCUGAGAAGUCCCCCAAAAAAUUUUUAUUUGCUGGCAACUAAUGAAUGGAGUAGCGAAUUUAGAAAUAAGGUGCUGUUCAACACGUAUUCUAAGAGUACUUAAUGAAUUAAAUGUGCAAAUUUUUGAGUUUUUUAAA